AUGAAGGCCCUUCCUCGAUUGGCCCAGGGCGGCCAGCGAUACCUACAGAUCCCUCUGCGCCCUGUCCCUACCCUACAUAUCUCUCCUAGACUGAAGCCUAUCCAACCACUGAGACCAUGCCUGCAAUCCUCAAGGGUCCUGUCAACCCUGCGAACAGCCCAGUCACUUUCUAGAAACCCGCGCAUUGGGGCUUUGAAGCUCUCGUCUCGUCUCGUCUACCCUACCCAAGCAGUGGCAGUGCGAUACAUUUCCACCAAAGAGCUCCCCAACCACAGAGGACCGUUUGUUCGCUUCUGUUAUCGAAUAUUCGCAUAUACAGGCGUCUUCAUCGUCUUCUCCGGUGCAUUGGUCCUUGCUUUCUUCCUCUAUGAUGCCUCCACGUAUCGCGAAGAACCAGAUCCGACUGGCGACAUUGCGGUGUCAGAAGCUGCGCUGUCACCCAGAAGAGGAGGACCGAAGAACCUGCCCAUUGCAGAGGUGCUGGUAGAUGAUGAGGAUUGCGACCACAUGCGAGAGCAAAAGGACAAGCCAAAAUUGGUCGUUCUCGGCACGGGCUGGGGGAGCGUCGCCAUGUUGAAAGAACUCCACCCAGGCGACUACCACGUUACUGUUGUCUCCCCCGACAAUUACUUCCUAUUUACACCCAUGCUGCCUUCUGCCACUGUUGGAACACUGGAACUGCGAUCACUGGUCGAGCCAGUUCGCAGGAUCGUCAAUCGGUUGAGGGGCCAUUUCUUGAAGGCUGAAGCCGUCGACAUCGAGUUCACAGAAAGGCUGGUUGAGGUAGCCCAGGAGGAUGCCGACGGCAACAAGCAACAUUUCUAUCUUCCCUACGACAAGUUGAUCAUCGGCGUCGGCUCCACCACCAAUCCCCACGGCGUAAAAGGCUUGGAAUACUGUAACUUUCUCAAGACCAUAGAAGAUGCGCGCCUCAUCAAGAACAAGGUCUUGCGCAACCUCGAACUCGCCUGUCUGCCCACCACCUCUGAUCAAGAAAGACGGAGACUGCUCUCGUUCGUCAUCAGUGGUGGUGGCCCUACCGGAGUCGAGUUUGCCGCAGAACUGUACGACAUGCUGAACGAAGAUCUCCUGAGAUCAUUCCCCAGGAUCUUACGGAACGAGGUCUCGGUGCACGUCAUCCAGUCGCGGGGCCACAUCCUCAACACCUAUGACGAGGCCUUGUCAAUCUACGCCGAGAAGAGAUUCGAACAUGAUCACGUCGAAGUCCUGACGAAUGCACGGGUCAAGGAGGUCAAACCUGAUCGAAUCAUCUUCUCACAGAUGGAGGACGGGAAGCCAGUCACAAAGGAGCUGCCCAUGGGAUUCUGUUUAUGGUCAACCGGUGUCGCGCAGACUGAAUUGAGCCGUAAGAUCGCCCAAAAACUCGGCGAAUUCCAGAACAACCGGCACGCUCUCGAGACCGAUUCGCAUCUGCGUCUCCAGGGAGCACCAUUGGGAGAGGUCUACGCCAUUGGAGACUGUGCAACGGUUCAAAACAAUGUCGCGGACCACCUUACCACCUUUCUUCGCGGCAUGGCAUUCGAACAGGGCAAGGACCCUGAGAAAGUGCACAUCACCUUCCAGGAGUGGCGCGGCCUCGCGCAAAAGGUGCGCAAGCGAUUCCCCCAAGCGGCCGGCCAUCUCAAACGACUCGACAAGCUGUUUCAGGAAUAUGACAAGGAUAAAUCUGGGACGUUGGAUUUUGGGGAGCUGCACGAAUUGCUCGUCCAAAUUGAUUCCAAACUGACCUCUCUUCCCGCUACGGCCCAACGUGCAAACCAGCAAGGCCAGUAUCUUGGUCGGAAAUUUAACAAGAUUGCAGACGCCAUCCCCGGAUUCAAAGCCAAUGAGGUCGACUUUGGUGACCUAGACGAAGCCGUCUACAAGGCCUUUGAGUACCACCACAUGGGUUCACUGGCUUACAUUGGAAACGCCGCCAUUUUUGAUUUCGGCGGCUUGAAUUUCAGCGGUGGGUUGAUGGCCGUUUAUUUGUGGAGGAGCAUCUAUUUUGCACAGAGUGUCAGUUUCCGGACGAGGAUGCUGUUGGCGAUGGAUUGGAGUAAGAGGGCCCUUUUUGGAAGAGGUGAGUACAAUUCUUGCUGA